UUCAGAUAAUAUGCCGUCUGCUCCUACGGAUAAGUUUGACGGUCUUCUCCUGGGAAUGGCCCAGGAGUGUGAAGGCGGGGUUCAGGAGAUGUUGGACGUAAUCUUUAGUUUCCUCGCCAGAAAGACCGACUUCUACACUAGUGGGAUGGAGGAGAAGGCAGAGAAGUUAGUCAUGGAGAAGUAUAGAAAACAUGGAGAGUCAGCGCGCAAAGAAGCAGCAGCUAAGAAAGCCAGAAAUGAGGAAGCUGAUAGAAAAAUGCGCGAACGAAGAGAACGUGAAGAGAAGGAACAAAGUGAGGAACCAAAAAUUUGCGAAGUUUCCGAAGAUGAAGCUAAGAAAAUUGAGGAGGAAGAAAAGUUGAAAAAGGCUAAACCUGAAGCCGAGAAACCCAAAGAGAACGGAGAUAGUAAAAAGAAGGAUGAAGAGGAGGAGGAUGAAGAUAAGGGAAAAUUGAAACCGAACUCACGGAACGGAGCUGAUCUGACAGAUUACAAUUGGGGACAAACUUUGGAAGAAAUUGAGCUGAGAAUACCUCUAGGAGGAGCAUAUAGGGCGAAGGAUUUAAUUAUAGAAAUAGAGAAGAAGCAUCUGAAGGUUGGAAUACGCGGGAAACCGUUUAUAAUUGAUGGAGAUCUUCUCAAGGAGAUCAAGAGGGAGGAGAGUGCCUGGGUUCUAGAGGAUAAAAAAUGUGUACUAAUUAACUUAGAGAAGGAGAUGGGUAAACCUACAAGUGAUGAACAGAAGAAGCAAGAUACUCUCAAAGCAUUCAUGGCUCAGCAUCCAGAGAUGGAUUUCUCCAACUGCAAGUUUAACUAAGCCUCUAGUCCUUUCUUUGUCCCUGAUGCACUGAUCAAGAAUCAAAUCUAAAUAUAAAUAUACUUAUACACUACGUUUUGCCCAACUCCGUGAAAUAUCUGUGAUUUCGAAUGAAUGCAUUGUUUGGUGUAAUAAAUCAUUUUUUAGUAA